UUUAUUCUGUGAACUUCAUUGGCAUUCCAAACCCACAAUAUUGUAAAACAAAAAUAGAGAUGAAGAAGCAUUUCGCUUACGCAUUUCUUCUAAUUUUCUUGUUGCAGCAAGUAUGUUUAUUCGUUCAAGUUGAAGCAGGGGAUGGGUUCAUUAGGACCAGAGGAAUACAUUUCAUGUUGAAUGGUGACCCCUUUUAUGCUAAUGGAUUUAAUGCCUACUGGUUAAUGUAUAUUGCUGCUGAUCCAUCUCAAAGAUCUAAAGUCACAGAUGCAUUUAGAGAAGCUUCAAGCCAUGGCCUCACUGUUGCUAGAACUUGGGCUUUUAGUGAUGGUGGAUACAGGCCAUUACAAUAUGCUCCUGGAUCUUACAAUGAGGACAUGUUUAAGGGUUUGGAUUUUGUGAUAUCUGAAGCAAGAAGGUAUGGGAUUAAGGUUAUAUUAAGCUUUGCAAAUAAUUACGAGAGCUUUGGGGGAAAGAAACAGUACGUGAAUUGGGCUAGAAGUCAUGGACAGUACCUCAAUUCAGAUGAUGAUUUCUUCAGAAACUCAGUUGUUAAGGGCUAUUACAAGAAUCAUAUUAUGACUGUACUGAACAGAUACAACAGAUACAGUGGAGUUGUUUACAAGAAUGAUCCUACAAUCAUGGCGUGGGAGCUUAUGAAUGAACCUAGAUGCACAUCAGAUCAUUCAGGAACAACCAUUCAGGCAUGGGCAACAGAGAUGGCCUCUUAUGUUAAGUCUAUUGACAGAAACCAUUUGUUAGAAGUUGGCUUAGAAGGAUUCUACGGACAAACAACUCCUCAGAGGAGGAAUCUGAAUCCUAAUUUUGAUAUAGGAACUGACUUCAUCGCCAACAACCGCAUCCCUGGCAUUGAUUUUGCCACUGCUCAUGCCUAUCCUGAUCAAUGGGUAACAAACUCAAAUGAUCAAGGCCAACUAUCAUUUUUGAACAAUUGGCUAGACUCCCACAUUCAAGAUGCUCAAUAUAUUCUCCGUAAGCCAUUACUGAUCACAGAGUUUGGAAAAUCUUCGAAAGACUCAGGUUUCAGCUCCUACCAAAGGGACCUUCUUUACAACACAGUCUACUACAAGAUAUAUUCAUCAGCUAAGCGCGGGGGAGCAGCAGCUGGGGGACUCUUCUGGCAACUUUUAAGUGAAGGAAUGAACUCAUUUGGAGAUGGAUAUGAAAUAAUCUUAAGCCAGAACCCUUCAACUGCAAAUUUGAUUGCUCAACAAUCUCAUAAGCUGUACCAGAUUCGAAAAAUAUUUGCAAGAAUGAGAAACGUUCAGAGGUGGAAGAGAGCAAAGGCUGCUAGAAGGGGUGGUUGGACAGAUAGAAACAAAGGAAAGCGAAUCGGAAACUGAUGAUAAGAUGCUUUAAUUUUGAAGCUAUUACUUGUGAUUUAAAGUAGUGUGUGUGACAGAAAAUACUGUCCUGAAGGAUUUUGUAUGACAUAUAGUGUUUGUUUGCAAAAGCCCCUCUUAGAGAUGAUUAUGGUUCAUCCAGGUGGGUUAAUAGAGAUUAUUACUUAUAGUAAUUAUGUUGUUUUCUGGGUACUUGACUACUUGUAUUGUUACUUACAUGUUUGCUGUUUUCUAAUUAUAUAUCAUGUCAGUAAUGGAAGAGAAAAAGAAAGAUAUCUAAAUUUUCAUUCUGUGUUUUACCCUAUUAUUAACUACAAAAUAUCUAUUCA